GUUGAACUCGUCUAAAUUGUGACGUCAUCAACCCGGAAGUCAAUCACCUCGCGUCUGUUUUCGUGAUGGCGUGCCUCUAGGGUUCGGUCCCGCCUUUUCUGUUUUGGUUUGUAUCUGUGCAGAUAAAAAAACACAAUAGCCCGAUGUCUGGGAUAGAACUGAAGCCUGUGGAGGGCGGCAGUCCCAUUUUGCUCCCGCUUGGCGAGACUAUCGUCGGGAGGGGGCCAUUUCUGGGGGUUACAGACAAGCGUGUGUCCAGGUCUCAUGGCAUCCUGGAUGUGUCCAGUGGGCAGCUGAAGCUCAAACCAAUCCAUGUCAACCCUUGCUUCUUCAAGUCAGUUGGAGGAGAGAGUCUUCAGCCGUUACCUAAGGACCAGUGGAAGGAGCUGCAGCAUGGGGACCAGUUUGCUCUCUUACCAAACGCCUUUGUGUUCGAGGUCAUCAUCUCAGACACCUUCAGAAAGUCAACAACAGCUAGCAGUGCUGGCACAUACAUUGAUGAAACUGCCAAAGUGGAAGAAGAAGUUACAAGCCCAGCAAAGCAAGAGAAAGAAGACAGCAAAAGUACCAAGGAUCUUCCGAUGAGAACUCCCAUUAAGGAAGACAAGAAGCCAGAAGACACUGGAGACGAUACCCGUAACAAUACAGAAAACCUCUCCACAACCAAUGGAGCUGCAGAAAACCAAGAAGAGAGAAAAAAGCAGCCCAGUCCUGUCAUUCCUGAUGCGACACCUUCACAGCAGAAAGCAAAAACAACACAAGUAGGCGACAGAGAAGUGGCCUUGCCGCUGGACAGAAAACGGAAGCUUCCAGAGUGGAUGGAGAGACUUCCACCUGUCGCUGGAACUGAGGGCUCCGCUGAUGUGGAGGUCGCAAGUACGCCCUCUAAACGAGGUGGCGCUGGACGGGGACGUGGUAGAGGUCGCGGUAGAGGUCGCGGCAGGGGGAGGGGCAGACCCCCACGGGACUUGAGUGGGAGUGAGGGGGAGGAGGCCCCCACCCCAGCAAAGAAGAGGGGUGGUUCUGCGGGCAGGGGGAGGGGCAGGGGAAGGGGGCGGGGUAGGGGACGAAGCAAAGUGAGGGACGUGAGUGAGAGUGAGGAAGAAGACCUGGAAAUGGAGGAGGAUGAGCCUUCUUCUGUCAGAAGGACCACCAGUAGGACUCCAAAGAAGCGAGUUGCUGAUGAGGAGUGGGUGAUGAGUGGUGAGGAGGAGGAGGAGGAAGAGGAGGAAGACAUGUCAGAUGAUAAGGAGGACAGUGACUGGGAGGAGGAGGAAAAGAAGAGAAAGGUGAUGCACAAAUUUUAGGCAAAAUAAGACUUU